AAAUAAAAAGAUGAAUACAUCCGAGAUUCAAUUAAGUAAUUAAUUAGUUAAUUAUAGUUUAGGCUAGGUAUUAAGAAGUUGAUGGUUCUAUGAUUUGAGCCCUAGAGAGAAGGCAAUGGGCAUUGGUAAAGAAGAAGAAGAAUGGCAUUGAGUGAAGCUGGAGUUAUGUGCAGCAUCAACCUUACAGUUUCAUUUCUCUAUGUCCUUUUGGCCUUUUCACACACAAGAUUCUCUCAUUCUCUCUCUCUGUUUUCCAAAUUACUCAUCCUCAUCACUGUGACUGUUUCACUCACACUUUCCUGCCCCUUACUCCAUUUUCAAGAUUCCUCCAUCCAUUCUCUCUCUCUCUCUCUCUCUCUGUUAACUUCAGUGGGUCUCUUUCCUUCUUCUUCCUCCCACUCAAUAUGAUUUUGUUUUAGAACUCAAAAUCAUGAUUCACACCAACAAACCAUGGCAAUUUCUGGCUCUGUUUUCCACCUUCACUUUCUUUUCCCCCUGUUUUGCUCUCAACAGCGAUGCCAUUCUCUUGAUUUCUCUCAAACGCUCCAUUCUCGCCGAUCCUUUGUCUGUUUUCGCUAAUUGGAAUGUUUACGACGAUACUCCCUGUUCCUGGCGUGGAGUUACCUGCACCGACCUCCGAGGCUAUGGCGGCGGAUGGUCGGAUUUCCUCAGAGUUACUGCUCUCUCCCUACCUGGCAGCCAGCUUCUGGGUUCCAUUCCUGAUGAGCUUGGAAGGAUCGAACACCUUCGUCUUCUCGAUCUUUCCGGUAAUUUCUUUAAUGGGUCUCUCCCUGUUUCUAUUUUUAACGCUUCGGAGCUUCAGAUUCUCUCUCUUUCCAACAACGUUAUCUCCGGGGAGUUGCCGGCGGAUAUUGGGGGUUUGAAGAGUCUUCAGGUUUUGAAUCUCUCUGAUAAUGCGUUGGCUGGAAAAGUGCCGGGAAAUCUCACUGCUCUGAAGAAUCUCACUGUUGUUUCUCUGAGGAGUAAUUACUUCACCGGAGAGAUUCCGGGGAAUUUUAGUUCGGUUGAAGUUUUGGAUCUGUCUUCCAAUUUGUUCAAUGGGUCCUUGCCGGCGGAUUUUGGUGGGGAGAAACUGUCGUAUUUGAACUUCUCGUACAAUAAAAUUUCGAGUCCCAUUCCGCUGGAUUUCGCCAAGAGAAUUCCGGUGAAUGCAACUAUGGAUCUUUCUUUCAAUAAUCUCACCGGAGCAAUUCCUCAGACGAUUGCUCUGCUUAACCAGAAAACAGAGGCGUUCGCCGGAAAUGAAGAUCUCUGUGGGAAGCCAUUGAAGCAACUCUGUUCAAUUCCUUCUUCACUCACAACUCCCCCAAAUGUUUCUGAAACUUCAUCUUCUUCUCCAGCAAUCGCCGCCAUACCCAAAACAAUCGGCUCUGUUCCAGCAACACAGUCCCCCGGAGGUCCAAACGGGACACAAACUCCUCAGCCUCAAAACCCCAUGAAACCCAUCACAAUAGCUGCAAUAGCCGUCGGGGACAUCGCCGGAAUCGCCAUUCUCGCCGUCGUGAUUCUCUAUGUCUACCACCACCGGAAACGAAAAAACCCCAAUUCCAAAACCCCUAAAUCCGCCGAGAAGAAGCCGCCGAUUGACUCAGAACAAGACCCUCAAAAUAACCAUAAAAAACCCUCAUCAGUAUUAUUCUGUUUAGCCAACAAAGGAGAUGAGACAUCGGAGGCGACGAGUUCUUCCGACGGCGAAGAACCGAGAGAGAAACCCGGAACAACCCACGGUGGAGAGAACAGAGACAGUAAGAAAAACGGCGUGCUGGUGACCGUUAACGGAGAAACAGAGCUGGAAUUGGAGACUCUAUUAAAGGCAUCGGCAUAUAUACUUGGAGCAAGCGGUGGGAGCAUCGUGUACAAGGCGGUGCUGGAGGACGGCACGGCGUUCGCCGUCAGAAGGAUCGGCGACGUUAGUGUGGAGAGAUUGAGGGAUUUUGAGAGCCAAGUGAGAGGCAUUGCUAAGCUUCGACAUCAAAAUUUGGUGAAAAUUCGAGGCUUCUUUUGGGGAGAAGAUGAGAAGCUCAUCAUCUAUGAUUAUGUCUCUAAUGGCUGCCUUGCAACCUCUCUUCACAGAAAACCGAGUUCGUCGUCUUCUUCCCAGAGCCAUCUAUCAUUUGAAACCCGAGUGAAAAUCGCGAGAGGAAUCGCCAGAGGACUGGCCUUCAUCCACGACAAGAAGCACAUCCAUGGAAAUCUCAAGACUUCCAACAUCCUCUUGAACGCCGAAACGGAGCCCUUAAUCGCCGAUCUCGGCCUGGACAAGCUCCUCUCCGGCAGAUCCAAAAUCGCAAUCGGCUCCAGUUCUGGCCGGAACUUCGGCAGCCACAGAUCCACGCCGAAUCGCGAGCACCAAGAGGGCAACGGCGGAAGCCCGUCGGUGAGCCUGGGAUCGGCGUACCAAGCGCCGGAAUCGCUGAAGAAUGUGAAACCGAGCCCUAAAUGGGACGUGUACUCGUUCGGAGUGAUUCUGGUGGAGCUUCUGAGCGGGAAAAUUGGGACGGAGAGGGAAUUAAGCGGCGUUGAAGAGGAGGGGAGGAUUAAGAAGAUGGUGGAUUUGGCGAUUAGAGGGGAAGUUGAAGGGAAAGAAGAGGCAGUAAUGGGGAUUUUUAGAUUAGGGUUUAGCUGUGUUAGUUUUUUGCCUCAAAAGAGACCUACCAUGAAAGAGGCUCUCCAAGCUCUUGACAAAAUUUCAUCCAUUAUUUCUUCUUCCAACGCUUGAUUCAUUUCAUAAUUAUCAAGUUUUUUCUUUUUUUGGGUAGUGUGGAAGGAUUUAGCUUUGGAUGUAAAGUGUGCGAGAGUUUUUGUGGAUCAAAAUCAAUAUUUGAUUUUGGAAGAAUUUGCAAUACAAAUGUGCAUGUGUUUGUGUGGGUUA